AUGUAUGUGCCUAACAACCAACUUAUUUAUGUCGUGGAAAACCCAAUAGAGCUCAUGUUGUCGUUUUAUAUUCGCUACGUCAGUUGGACUCUUACCCAUGAAGGGUCUCCCAUACGACAACAUAGUCCAUCUAUUGUUGCCUCGCCUCGUCGAAGAAAGAAGUACAAGUCGGAAACAUCUUCGACUGAAUCUGCCACAAAUGUUUCUUCCUCGCAACAGACUGAAGUAGAAAGAACUUAUAUGUACAGCGACACAUCAACAAGGUCAGUAAAGAAGAUGAAGAUGAGCACAAAGGCAUUAGUGAAGCGUCUACUAGGCAUCGUGUAUAUUGCGAUAUGGAGUGGCUUGCUCAUGGAAAGAUGGUCGGCAAACGUAAGGUGGACGAUAUACCCUCAAGAACUCAAUUUGCAACCCAGAAAAUCAUUUUUGUAG